UCAAGGAGCUGGGAUCCCCGGCUUUGGACGGAGCAGAUCUUCUGGUGGAGGGAUCGUGAUGAUGGCCGGGACACAACAACGGGAAGACACGCAGAGACGGUCUCGAUCCUGGUUUACAGCCGAUGCGAUUCGGGUAUCCGGUCCAAGCUCAGCACCGUAAGUACCGCAUCGUGCGAUCGGGACGCGAUACAAACAGGCAAAAGACGCGCAUAUUCGUGCAUCAACACAUCCAUAUGCGGGCCUGUACAAGGCAUGCAUGUCCGGAUCGAGAAGGGGGGAGCCUUGCUCGGAUCGUCCCAAUCCCAGCAAAGGACAAGGCCAGCAGGCCGGCGAUAGGCUUCAAGUCGGCCAGUUGGCAGUCGAGGCGGCCAUCUCGCGUUGCAUCUUGCAUCUCACCUGCGCAUCGAAAGCGCAAUGCCGUGGAACUGGCUUCGCACCCAUCCCAUGUGUGUCGGUGCUGGGAAGGCCGCGAGCGAUAUUGCGUCGCAUCCAUCUGGCUGCAAGGCGACAAUCCAUCCGGCUGCAAGGCGACGCACACGGCACGGCCAAGGUCCGUCGAGAUGGAAUGCGAUGUGACCUGCGGGAGAGCGGUGUGAUUAUGUGAUUGUGUGAUUGUUCGAGUCUCAUCC